ACCUCGUUUGCUGGUUGGCUGAGAACCUACAGUAUGAGAACACAGGAGGUGAAGGUUGAAAUUUCUUUCUAAAACUGUCAACAGAGAGAGCAGCAUGAGUUCAGUUUCAUACAAAAAUGCCAUCGUUUGGACAACGCUGUAGUUAGCCCAUACAAUACAGUUAUGAGUGGUACAAUCCGACAGAUCACUGUAGCUAAUGAUCCACGCACCCCCUACAUCCUGCGAGUGGACUGGGCUGUAGACCUGGGUGCUGGGUUCACAUUAGCACUCACUGAUGGCAACUCGGCAUGGAUCGGAGAAGUUUCAGAGGAUGAGGUGACAAGGGAAGUCAACGAUAUGGGAGCCACAAGGGAAAGAUAUGUUGAGGAUCUUUUUCAAGCGCUAAUAGGAGGCGAAGGAGGAAGGAGAGGAGGUGACAAGGAGGCGUAUUCUUUUCACAUCACUCCAGAUCACUGUCACCUCUCGUAUCAGAAGAUCUGCAAUGAAAUCUCGGUGCACUUGGGUUCCGUGGAGCUCCAGCCAGCUCCAGACCCUCUAGAGCUGAACCGGGAGAUGAUUUGCCAGUCCCUAAAGCGCAGUACAGGUCUGAAGUCAAAAAACUGCCAGCUGUUGGAGGAGAACCAUAGAUUGAAACAGGAGCAGCAGAGAAUACUCAGAGAGCUGGAGCAGCAAGUUGAGGAUAAGGAGAUGUUGGAGGGGGCGCUGUACUCACGUUUUGUCAUGGUGCUGAAUGAGAAGAAGGCCAAGAUCAGAUGCCUGCAGGAUGCUCUCCGCCAGCUCCAACAGACUGACGACCAGCAGAGAGAUGAGGAAGGGCGACAAAGUGACAAUAACACAACUCACUGUGAAGACGACAGUCAGGACACAAGACAUGAGGCAGUUGAGAGCAUCCAUUCAUCUCAGGAGCCAACUAUUCUCAUCACAGGUCGUAAUCUGGUGUGCCAUGGCAUCUCUGUGGACCGGACCUUUUCUGAUGAGGAAGAUGAACAACCGAGCCAGAAGCGUAGGAUGUGUCACACCCCGAGCCCGGAACCUUCCGAGCAGGAAUAAAACCACAGCGGUGUCUCCUGAUCAUCCAGCUCAUACAUACAAUUUUGUGAGGUCUUUCGCUAUCAGCAGCUGCAUUUUUUCCUCAUACUGACGCACUGCAAUAGAAUGACCAGAGGUUCUUGGACGGCUGCCUUUUCGGACUACAAACAUGCUCUGACUAAGAUUGCAUCUGUGUUUCUAUGCUACUGCUACAAAAAAGUCUAAAAAGCAACAUUCAUCACACGUAUGUGCUAUAUCUGUAUUUAAAUAUUCUAUAUUAAAAUGCCCAAAAUAAGUAAUAAGUAAAUAUUUAACACAACAGUAACUUUAACAUCUCCAGAUUCAGUGGUUGCAUUGGGAUAGUAAUAUCAACCUUCAGUUGUUAUCAUGUUGUCAGUCACUAUUUGGUGCAUUUGGUAAGUUGAUUACCUCUCCUACUUUUGUUGUUGUGACACUUCUUUUAAAUCUAAAAACCUCUUAACAUCCUCCCACAGCUUACAUUUGGGUGUUGGCUGGCAAAUAAAAAAACAGAAAAUGACUGCAAUGUGUAGUGUAGCUUGGUCCAACAAAGCAAUGACAGCAGCAGCUUUUGAGUUCCAGUGAAAACAUGCACUUCUUCUUCUCUCAUUUGCACCCUCGCUAUUACUUUCUAUCAUUUUCAUUUGUUCUGUACUUCUUGGGCAGAAUACUCAUUAUUAGUAUUCAGCCUUGGCUCAUAUCAAGAUAUUUAACUGUAUUUCCCAAACUGCAUCUCUAUAUUGAGGGAUACAAUAUUAAAUUUGAAAUGUGACAUUUGUUUUAUUUGUGUAAAUUAUACACAACCUCAAACUUUUCCACUCUCUCUAUUCCCUUCUGUCUUUGCAUCUCUUUCUCCCUGUCUUGUCUCCACCCUCCUGCUCAAGGAAUUGAUGACAUCCGGGACUCGAUUAAAGACCUAAAUCUGAGGCUUUCCUUUAUAACAGGUUUUCGUGAUCCCUCUCCAGGUAUGUAGCAAGCUAGUCAACCUCACCAUAAUACAAACAACCAAAACAGUGACAACCAGGCAGCAGUGUCCUGGAGGUGUCCCCAGAUGUGGUGCCAGAUUUUGUCCCAGAUUGAGAAAGCAAUUCCCAAAAAGCUUGAGCAUAUCCCUGCCAUCUGGUUUGCUUUAACUGUGACAAUUACCUGCCACACCUCUCAUGAGAGACUUCAAUAAAUCAAAAGACGAAUAAUUAAUGACGCUAUUUUUUUCUUCCAAACACUCCAAAGACUUCGUGCUCCAUUCGGAGCUGCUGUCAAGACUGCCCAGAUGCGUUAGUGGCCGUGUGAUAACAGGCGCUUAACGCCACCCAGUGUUUCCCCAGGACCUACUGGUGCUGGUAAUGACUUGGAGAACAUGGCAGAAAAUCUGGACCAGGAGUAUGGAAGCAAUUUUUUUUAAGAGUUUGACUUUGGCUGCCAAGACCCUCAGCCUUGAGACCAGACAAAGAGUAACAGCUAUUGAGGGACAACAGGCUACACCCAGAAAACAGGGUGUCACCACAACGAACCAAAGCUGCUGUGUUGCAGCUUAUUCAUCAUGUCUUACCGAUGUUUUCCUCCCUCUUUUCAUUAUGAAAAUAAACUGUACACCGUCUUUCAUUUCCACUUUCUAAACUAGCAUUUUGCGAACAAUAAUUUGACCUUCCCCUUGUUUCUCGUUUUCAUCUGGCCUUUUAUUCCUUACAUGUUCUGUGGCCCAGACUAGAUGAGGGGUGUUAUGCAGAGGGUUAAUAGGGUUAUGUUGUCUCUCUGUCUUCACCUCCUUACCUCUUCCAUUACCUCUGCUACCAGCUUCAGGUCCUGAGGUCAUCACAGUGUGUCUUCACACUGACAGUAAUGAACCUAUGGAGACCAAUUCAGAGUCUUCAUCUGACCAUUCUACCUUUUGACUUCGGGCCCUUCCCGCUGUCUUUUAUGAUUUUGAUGAUACCUAAAUGUCUGCUGAAGACCACAGGUGGCCGUCUGGAUAAUCCCACAACACGCGCUUGCUGGUUUAGUAAUCCCCACAGGAAUGUCACACUCUUCUCCUCUAUACAUCCCAUAAUAAGGAAUUUUAUAAAGGGAAGACCUGAUCAGUUUCUAAGGAUCAUUUACAGAUGUGUGAUGACAACGUGCCGAUGGAGGAUGAGACCAAGUGUGAAAGAUUAGGAAACUAUAAUUAAUUGAAAAUGAAUGAAUAUUGUAUUUGAGUUUUUUCCUUAUUUUGAAUAGAACAUAUUUUUUUCUAAUUUAAAAGACAUUUUAAAUUCCGUCUUCAAUCAGUUGAUUCAAGAAUACAUAUUUGUAUUGGAUUUUCCCUGGAAAUGUAUUAAAUAUGCAUGAAGGAGAAAGUAGUAUUUUAGUAUGUGAAAGUUGUGUUAAUUUCAACCUGACUUAAAUAAACAUUUAACUUUG